UUCCGCCCCGGCUGCUGCUGCUGCUCCUCUCCAGGGGAGAGACAGGCUUCGCCUCCAUUCUGCGUCUUCCCUGGAUCCUGCCCUCUGAGGAAACCACCUGAGGCUGCCCAAUGGCCCUCUUGACCUUUGAGGAGGUGGCUGUGUUUUUCACAGAGGAGGAGUGGGCUCUGCUGGAUCCAGGCCAAAGAGCUCUGCACAAGGAAGUCAUGGAGGAGAAUUAUGAGAUGGUGGCCUCUCUAGAAUCAGACCUCAGUUCCUGUUGGGAAGAAGGACAAGAUCCAUUCCUCCAGAACCCCAAAGAAGGGGAAACCUCAACAGGUAAUGGGCAGAAGACUGAGAAUUAUGGGGAGCCAUCUGUGGUGUCUAUAGAAAAUGUGGGGCAUGAAGCACAGAAGGAGACAUUUGUAAAUCAACGAUCACCUGAAAAGCAUGUAGAAAAUGUGUUGAAGAACUGGAAAACCAAAUCCCUUACCAUGCAGGACACUGAUAUCCAUGUAUCACUGAAUCCACAGGAAGAAUUCACAGGAAGUAGCAGUGUGGAGUGUGGAAAGAGCUUCAAUCAGACUGGAAGUGUUAGUUUACAUCAAAUAACAGAAACAGGGGAGAAAGCGUUUCAAUGCAUGGAGUGUGGAAAGAGCUUAAGUAGUGCUGGUAACCUUGUCAAGCAUAAAAAAAUCCACAGAGGGGAUAAACCGUUCAAAUGCAUGGAGUGUGGAAAGAGCUUCAGCCAGAGUGGGAACUUUAUUGCACACCAAAGAACCCACACAGGGGAAAAACCAUUUAAGUGUAUAGAAUGUGGAAAGAGCUUCAGCCAGAGUGGAAGCCUUAUUGCACAUCAAAAAACCCACACAGGGGAGAAGCCAUUAAAAACUAUGGUGUGCGGAAAGAGCUUCAGUCUCUAUCACAAUCUCACUGUACCUCAAAAAACCCACACAGGGGAGAAACUGCAUAUAUGCAUGAAGUGCGGAAAGAGUUUCACUUGUAGGAGUGCACUUACAGAACAUCAACGAAUCCACACAGGGGAGAAACCAUAUGAAUGCAUAGAUUGUGGAAAGCGCUUCCGUAUUAGGAGUGUCCUUACUUUACAUCAAAAAACCCACACCGGGGAGAAGCCAUUUAAAUGCACGGAGUGUGGAAAGAGCUUCAGUCAGAGUGGAAACCUUACUGCACAUCAAAGAAUUCACACUGGGGAGAAACCAUUUAAAUGUAUGGCAUGUGGAAAGAGCUUCAGCCAGAGCGGAAGCCUUACUGCACAUCAAAGAACCCACACAGCAGAUAAAUCAUUUAAAUGUGUGGUGUGUGGAAAAAGCUUCAGUCAGAGCGGAAACCUUACUUUACAUCAAAGAACUCACACCAGGGAGAAACCAUUUAAAUGUAUGGAGUGUGGAAAGAGCUUCAGCCAGAACGGAAACCUUAUUGUGCAUCGAAGAACCCACACAGGGGAGAAACCGUUUCAAUGUAUGGUGUGUGCAAAGAGUUUCAGCCUGAACCACCACCUUACUUUACAUCAAAGAACCCACUGCACAUCGAAGAACCCUUACAGGCGAAAGACUGCUUAAAUGUGUGCAUGCACAUGAAAGCUCAUACCUAUGACAAACUUAGUUGGUCUCUAAGGUGCUACUGGAAGGAUUUCUUUAUUUUUGUGUUAAAUGUAUGGUAUGUGGAAAGAGCUUCAGUCUAUCAGGCCUCGGUCCUGUAUACCUGAAGGAGCGUCUCCACCACCACCAUUCAGCCCAGACACUGAGAUCCAGCACCGAGGGCCUUCUGGCGAUUCCCUCAUUGCGAGAAGCCAAGUUGCAGGGAACCAGACAGAGGGCCUUCUCGGUAGUGGCACCUGCCCUGUGGAACGCCCUCCCAGCAGAUGUCAAGGCAAUAAGUAACUAUUUUACUUUUAGAAGACAACUGAAGGCGGCCCUGUUUAGGGAAGUUUUUAAUGUUUGAUGCUGUACUGUUUUUAAUACAGUGGUACCUCUACUUAUGAAUUUAAUACGUUCCGAACGCACAUUCGUUAGUCGAAAACAUUUGUAAGUCGAAUCCCAUAGGAAUGCAUUGGGAGAAAAAAUUCGUAACCCUAUCUAAAAAUUCGUAAGUAGAAAAAAAUCCUAUCUAAACUGCAUCCAAGAUGGCGGACAGAGCUCCGUUCGUAAGUAGAAACAUUUGUAAGUAGAGUUAUUCGUAAGUAGAGGUACCACUGUAUUUGGUUGGAAGCCGCCCAGAGUGGCUGGGGAAACCCAGCCAGAUGGGCGGGGUAUAAAGAAUUUAUUAUUAUUAUUAUUAAUAUUAUUAUUAUAUCACCAUCUCACUUUACAGUACCUCAAAAAACAUGGAAGAAACUGCAUAAAUGUGUGGAGUGUGGAAAGAGCUUCAGUUGUAGGAGUGCACUUGUUGUUGUUUAGUCGUUUAGUCGUGUCCGACUCUUCGUGACACCAUGGACCAUAGCACGCCAGGCACUCCUGUCUUCCACUGCCUCCCGCAGUUUGGUCAAACUCAUGUUCGUAGCUUCGAGAACACUGUCCAACCAUCUCGUCCUCUGUCGUCCCCUUCUCCUAGUGCCCUCCAUCUUUCCCAACAUCAAGGUCUUUUCCAAGGAUUCUUCUCUUCUCAUGAGGUGGCCAAAGUAUUGGAGCCUCAGCUUCACGAUCUGUCCUUCCAGUGAGCACUCAGGGCUGAUUUCCUUAAGAAUGGAUAGGUUUGAUCUUCUUGCAGUCCAUGGGACUCUCAAGAGUCUCCUCCAGCACCAUAAUUCAAAAGCAUCAAUUCUUUGGCGAUCAGCCUUCUUUAUGGUCCAGCUCUCACUUCCAUACAUCACUACUGGGAAAACCAUAGCUUUAACUAUACGGACCUUUGUUGGCAAGGUGAUGUCUCUGCUUUUUAAGAUGCUGUCUAGGUUUGUCAUUGCUUUUCUCCCAAGAAGCAGGCGUCUUUUAAUUUUGUGACUGCUGUCACCAUCUGCAGUGAUCAAGGAGCCCAAGAAAGUAAAAUCUCUCACUGUCUCCCAUUUCUUCCCCUUCUAUUUGCCAGGAGGUGAUGGGACCAGUGGCCAUGAUCUUGGUUUUUUUGAUGUUGAGCUUCAGACCAUAUUUUGCGCUCUCCUCAUUCACCCUCAUUAAAAGGUUCUUUAAUUCCUCCUGCAUAUCUGAGGUUGUUGAUAUUUCUUCCAGCAAUCUUAAUUCCGGCUUGGGAUUCAUCUAGUCCAGCCUUUCGCAUGAUGAAUUCUGCAUAUAAGUUAAAUAAGCAGGGAGACAAUAUACAACCUUGUCGUACUCCUUUCCCAAUUUUGAACCAAUCAGUUGUUCCAUAUCCAGUUCUAACUGUAGCUUCUUGUCCCACAUAGAGAUUUCUCAGGAGACAGAUGAGGUGAUCAGGCACUCCCAUUUCUUUAAGAA